AUGGCUUCAUCCUCCUCCGCCACGUUCCACAACAGGCCAUCGUCUUCCGCGUCCGUGGCAUCCUCCCGGUCUUCCGCCACGAAUCCCAGGAGAGCUUCCGGUGUGCCAGCAGGUGCUGGUUCAGAUGCACAUACAACUCCAACCACAGCAUCGACACUGCAACAAAGACGACUAUCACGAACGGCGAGCAAAGGACAACUUAAUAAGAAUAAUGCGGACGGCGAUUUAACACAGUCCCUGAAUCACCUCUCCAUUGCUACCGCGUCCCCGUCCUCCGGCACUUCACAAUCUCCUUCGCCUAGGAAGAGUCCUCGCUCUGCAAACCACCCGCCACCCGCAAUCAGCCCGCUUCGUCCUCAGUUCUCGUCUUCGACUGCUGUAUCGCCAAACGGGACGCCAUCGCGCCCCGGUAGCGCCAUGCGGAACGUAUCCUCCGGCGGGCCUCCGUCUCGCUCCUCAACUCCAGCACUCCGCCGAAAAGCCUCCAUGAACUCGAUCCAGGUCGCCCACAACAGCCAUGGCCAUGGUCCAUUACUCCAGCGUCGCUCCAGCUCAGUCAGCCUCAACCCGUCCUCCGCAAAGAAGUCACCCCUAAACGACAUGUCCCCCGAGACGUCCGAGUUCAAAGUCCCGCCGACCCCGCAGUCCAUCGCCAGUGACCACUUCAAGGCCGAACUCGAGAUUCAUCACGGAGAUGAACCGAAGCUGUCGGCUGAGACCAUUGUUAUUCUGAACGAUGCAUGCUAUGGACAUCGCUAUUCUCGACCGCGGACAUCCAAGGCAAACUUGAGCACUAUUGUCGAACGACCCGAGAGGAUCAAGGCCAGCGUCUUGGGAGUGUCGGCGGCCUAUGUACGUCUGGGCGAGCGACACCAAGACGGUUCGUUCCCGAUUCAUCCGGAUCAGGAUCCCAGGAAUCUCCCUUCGGUACCUUUUCUGAUACAAAAGACGACUCGACGAUUGCCUAUCACAUCUCCGACAGUAACCAACGUACAUGGCACGAAAUGGAUGGAGGAGCUCAAGAUUAUGUGCGAUACCGCGGAAGCGAAGCUGGCGACGAAUGGAAAAGAACUCCAACGCCCGGAUAUGGAUCGUGGACCCAAUGCGGAGGAACCUCCCAAGUUCCAUGAAGGCGACCUCUAUCUCGGUGCAGAAUCACUGGAGGCUAUCGAAGGAGCUCUCGGCGGCGUCUGUGAGGCAGUCGAUGCCGUGUUCAAACCGGAGGGUCCGAAAAGAGCUUUUGUAGCUAUUCGCCCGCCUGGCCAUCACUGCUCCGCCUCAUACCCCUCUGGUUUUUGUUGGGUCAAUAACGUUCAUGUUGGCAUUAUGCAUGCAAUCCUGAGCCAUGGCUUGACCCAUGCCGCGAUUAUCGACUUCGACCUCCACCAUGGCGAUGGCUCUCAGCAAAUUGCUUGGCAGCACAACUCAAGGGGCGUAAAGGCUGCAAAGAACGCAGCCAUGUGGAAGAAGACUUCGAUCGGGUACUUUAGUCUUCACGAUAUCAACUCGUAUCCUUGCGAGACCGGCGACGACGAAAAGGUUAUGAACGCGAGCAUCUGCAUCGACAACGCUCAUGGCCAGAACGUGUGGAAUGUUCACCUACAGCCCUGGAAGACAGAAGACGAGUUCUGGGCGCUCUACGAGACCAAGUAUACCAUCUUGCUUGAUAAGGCGCGCAGCUAUCUAGUUGCACAGGCGGAGCGUUUGCGAGCAGCAGGUCAAAACGCAAAGGCAGCCAUCUUCCUCUCUGCUGGUUUCGAUGCCAGCGAAUGGGAGGGUGCCGGAAUGCAGAGACACGAUGUGAACGUUCCUACAGACUUCUAUGCUCGAUUAACUCGAGAUGUAGUACGCAUUGCAGCAGAAGUGGGCACGGCCGUAGAGGGCCGAAUCAUCAGCGUGCUGGAGGGAGGAUACAGUGAUCGUGCGCUUUGCUCUGGCAUCAUGAGUCACGUUUGUGGUCUUGCUGGAGUCAGUGCUAGUGGAAAUGGUCAAGUUCAUGAUCAGUACAACCCUUCAUGGUGGUCUGCUUCCGAGCUUGAACGUUUGGAGACCACACUGUUGACUCCUCCACCUGAACCACCAAAGCCCCCUCGGAACGUUGCGACUCCUACCUACUGUUCACCUACACAUGCCUCUACAGCACGGUCUGUAGCGCCACGGAGAAGUAUGUCCGGACUCCAUCAGCACGCACUCAUGGCGGCCAACAGGCCGUUAUCACCAAUACCGUCGAGAAUAGCGACACCCCCUGCUCCAGAGGUUCCGUGGGCUAUUGCAGCCUGCGAAUUGAGCAAGCUUCUUAUUCCGCGCGACCGCCAAACGGAUAGCUGUACUCAUACAGAUCUCAAUGCCGAGGCCACCAAGGCUCGCCGGGAGCGUCAGUUGGCCCAAGCGAAUACCUCGGCGUCCGAUGCUGCAUCGGAUCGGCCUUCUACAAGGAUGGCCUUGAGGGAGCGUAAAGCCAAGCAAGCAGUGCCUAUCAAGGAGGAGGACACCGACGAAGACCGGGUGAACGCUGUGUCCGCAGGAGAGACCGGUAUGCCCCGAGGGGGUGCUCGUGCUGCACGUAGUCGACGCCUUAGUGCUGCUUCGACCAUCGUCCCAGACAGCCUUGACGCGUCUCCUCCGAGCCACAGAUACUCAGCCAUGAAUGCGGGAGACGAUGGAAGACCGGAAACAUCCAUGAGCAUCAGGCCUGAGUCCUCAAUGAGCGUCAGAGCGCAGGGGAACCCUCUUGUGGUCAAGAAAGCGCGGGGGCCAGCAAAGAACAAGUAUGCUCUGCAAGCACCCAGGACACAGAGGAAGACUUCAACUUCAACCAUCGAAUCUGCAAGGAGCUCCAACGCAUCCCUAGUAUCACCAACUCCAGCAUCCCACUCGGCGGACACUCAGCCUUCGAAUAGCAGCCAUGGCGACGGCGUGGAUAACUUGACCGGCGGGAUGAAGAAGGUUAAGAUCACUCUUAUCACACAAGCCCAGAAAGAGGCCCGCGAGCGGGAGCGUGUCGCGAAAGAGAACCUCGCCGCCAAUGAGGAAGCGAUAUCCGUCGUAACAUCCAACCUAGAUGAGAACAAGCCUCAUCAACAACAGCCUACGCAAACACCUGUUGCCACGGUCCAAUCGCCCACCGAAAGCAACACCUCCACUCAGUUCUACACCCCUAAUUCACAAGGCCGGAAUUCCAUCUCCUCCUCUGAAGAUAUGGAUGCCACGGAGAGGUAUCCAGAGCUGUUUGGACAGCACCAUCCCCACCAAGACGGGGACGGGGACAUCGACAUGGAAGACCUCGAAACACCAGCCCUCACCUCCACGCCCAUGCCCGGUCGGACCUCCUUCCCUUUGCCUUCACGGCCUUUCCAGCCUGCUCGUAAUCCAUCAAUAAGUCAUCAAGAGCAGCAGCAGCAGCAGCAGCAGCAGCAGCAUCAGAAUCAGCAACCUUCCACGCCCAUGGAGAACUUCAUUCAGUACCAACCACCCACUGCCAAGCCGACAGCACAUCACGCGCAGACACCGACCAGUCCCGGACCUGCUAUGAACAGGACGGACGUACCUGUGUUUACUGCCACCUCAGCCAUUCCCUUUUCGCCUCAGAAGACGGAGCAAUUGCAGCAGUCUUCUCCGGCGCCGUCUACGCCUGCUUCGUUGCCUAGUGUGAUUUUCUCUGGACAGAAGGAGGGGGUUGUGGAGACGCCGGAGAGGAAUUGA